AUGCUGGGUUCAUCUUCACAAUUUAAGCAAAUCAUUGUAAAGAAAACAAACGUUCCAUAUGAAUUGAGAUUUAUUGACAUCAGAAAUUAUAUAGCGGGUGGGACAUUAGACCAAUUCACUCAAGAUUUCGGAAACAAUAAAUCACGUGUUAAAUCCUUUUUCCCUUAUCAAUUCAUCACAUGGGAAAUUACGAAGAAGAAUUAUAUAAAGGGAACCAUUCACUCAAGAUUCAUUUUAUUCAGCAUUAAUCAAGAAACUAUAUCAGAUAGUGAUUAUCAAAUAUAUCUCAAUGAUGCUAAAAACUUUAAGAAUAGAUUAGAAUAUUUUAUUCAUUAUUGCAAUAAAGAUGUUGAAAUUAUGAUUGACCCAAUUGAUAAAAUUAUUGAAGAAACAUUUGUUUAUAAAAUUGAUAUGCUUCAUAAUCUUUCUUUAUCAUCGAAUGCUUCAAUGAUUCGUUACGCUUUAGCAUAUAAAGACUUUAAUCCUAAUGAAAAAUAUCCUGAGGAAGAGAUAGAAUCAAGUUUUGAAUUAACGAAAAAGUAUUGGAAAUAUAAAAUUGAAUCAUAUAAGAAACAAGAUGAAAAAGCAGAAAGGGAUACUAAAAAUAAUGUUUCAAUGGAUGAUUUUCAAUACUAUCACGAUUUAAUCCUUUCAUCUAAAUGCAAAAUGUGUGGUAAAGCGUUUACAUAUGCAAAUAAACCAACAUUGGAUAGAAUCGAUAAUGAAAAACCACAUACCAAAGAAAAUUGUCAGUUAAUGUGUUGUUAUUGCAAUGUCGUAAAAUCAAAUAAAGAUGAAGAUGUUCAACGUUUAAGAAUCAAUUUAAGAAAUUAUGCAUUAAAAAAUAAUUUACCAAUGACUUUAGAUUCAGUUGAAGCUUAUCACAUUCUCCGUAAUGGAAUUACUGGUGGUUUAUCAAAUGUUCAACAUAGAGUAAAUCUUAAAGGAAUCACGCACAUUAAUAAACUUUCAUAUA